AUGAAGUACGAGGAGUUCCAGUCGGCGGCCAUGGCUUUCAUGGCAGAGGCGAACGAUCACGGUCAGGAGUGGAAGUGGGUCCCAAACCACCCCAGACCGCUUCAAAAUGUUGGAGCAGACGAUAGAGGAUAUCUUGCCCUAGAAGAAGUUUAUAGAGAGCCUCUGGAAAUUGACAGCACAGAGAACAGAAAUGAAUUGGACGACGAAGAUUCUUGCACUUUUAUUGACCCGUCUGUCAUCAAAUCGGAAACAGCGCAGCCGAAUAUGUACAGGUACCAUGUGGUAUAUGUGGAAGCAUAUCAGUGUCCUGUUCUCUUUCUGCAGGGAAAGAGCAUCGACGGACGAUUAUUGGACACUGAGUACAUCUGGCGGGACUGCUGUGGAUCAAUGAACCACGAACAAAGCUGGCUUACUGACUCGUGCUUACCGACACCCGAAGAGCAUCCCGUUACGGGCGAGCCGUUCCAUUUUGUUCAUCCCUGCAGAAGCAAAGAUUUCAUGGACGCGAUCAUGCAAGCUUUCCUCCCAUCCGUGCAAGAGCCUUGCACGCAAUCCAACCUCAGAUACUUCAAGCUCUGGCUGAGCGUCUACGGGCAAGCAGUUGGGUUGAGGCUCCCGCUCGCAUUACACAGCUCCAACCCACAUCCAACCUAG